AGCGGAAGUGGCGUUCCCGGGAGGCCAGCGUUCUGAUGGCCAUGGGGCGGCCGUGGGAGAAGCUGCUAGCCGUGGCGCGGGGCUGCGGCAGCGCGGGGCCGUGGGUCGCGGGCUCCGCGCCUCCCGUCGUAGGCCCCAAGCUGCGCCGCCCGUGGGCCCGUACCUUGCGUCGCUGGCUGCUGCGGCCGCCCGAGCCGCCGUACAGACACGUGUGCCAGGUGGGCGAGCCGGCGCUGCGGGCCGUGGCGGUGCCCGUGGACGCAGCGCGGCUGGCGGGGCCCGAGGCGCAGGCGCUGAUCGCGCGACUGGUGCACGUGAUGCGCGCGCAGGGCGCCGUGGGGCUGAGCGCUCCGCAGCUUGGUGUGCCGCUGCAGGUGCUGGCCGUGGAGUUCCCCGAGCGCCUGCUCGCCAGCUACCCGCCCGCCGUGCGAGAGGCCCGCCGCAUGGCCCCCUGCCCGCUGCGCGUGCUCGUCAACCCGCGCGUGCGCGUGCUCGACGCCAGCCUCGACACCUUCCCCGAGGGCUGCCUCAGCGUGGCUGGCUUCCUGGCGUGCGUGCCACGCUGCCGGGCGGUGCAGGUCGAAGGGUUGAAUGAAAAUGGAGAAUCUGUGGUGUGGCAGGCCAGUGGAUGGCUUGCCCGGAUUAUACAGCAUGAGAUGGACCACUUGCAAGGCUGUCUCUUCAUUGACAAAAUGGACAGCAAGACUUUUACAAAUGUGCGGUGGAUGGAAGUAAAUGACUGAAGUCUUCCUCUCCAGAGUGAAUUCUGAAAAAGCAUCUUCCAGUAGCUGUAACCUUAGGCUGGCCGCGUUUGAAGUUAAUGAUGUGCUUGGCCUACAUUUCGCUGAUCACAAUGGUUAGAAAUUACUGAUUCAAAGAACAUCUAUAAUGAAAUUAGUGCUCUGGGCAAAAUAUUUGACCUCCACUUUUGAAAAGGAGUAAUUAUCGCUUGGAGAUACCUAAUAAAAGAGGCAAUGUAUUGUGUAUAAA